GCUUCUGAAGCACAGCACCUCCUACAGCUGCCAGAAGCAGCUCCCUCUCCCCCAGCAUGAGAGCUGUCCCUCUGCACCUGCCCUGGACAGCCAGCCUCAGCCUUGGCUUCAUGCUCCUGCUUUCUCUCUACCUGGACCCAGGCCAAGCCAAGGAGUUGAAGUUUGUGACAUUGGUGUUUCGGCAUGGAGACCGAGGUCCCAUCGAGACCUUCCCCAACGACCCCAUUAAGGAAUCUUCAUGGCCACAAGGAUUUGGUCAACUCACCCAGUGGGGCAUGGAACAGCACUACGAACUUGGAGGUUAUAUAAGGAGAAGAUACGGAAAAUUCUUGAACGACUCCUAUAAACAUGAUCAGGUUUACAUCCGGAGCACAGAUGUCGACAGGACUUUGAUGAGUGCGAUGACAAACCUUGCAGCCCUGUUUCCCCCAGAGGGGAUCAGCAUCUGGAAUCCCAGACUGCUCUGGCAGCCCAUCCCAGUGCACACAGUGUCUCUCUCUGAGGAUCGGUUGCUGUACCUGCCUUUCAGGGACUGCCCUCGUUUUCAAGAACUCAAGAGUGAGACUUUAAAUUCUGAGGAAUUCCAGAAGAGGCUUCACCCAUAUAAAAGCUUCAUGGACACUUUGCCAUCGCUGUCGGGAUUUGACGACCAGGAUCUUUUUGAAAUCUGGAGUAGGGUUUACGACCCUUUAUAUUGCGAGCGUGUUCACAAUUUCACCUUGCCCUCCUGGGCCACGGAAGAGGCCAUGACUAAGUUGAAAGAGUUAUCGGAAUUAUCUCUGCUAUCUCUUUAUGGAAUUCACAAGCAGAAAGAGAAAUCUAGACUCCAAGGGGGCGUCCUGGUCAAUGAAAUCCUCAAGAACAUGAAGCUUGCAACUCAGCCACAGAAGUUCAAAAAGCUGGUCAUGUAUUCUGCACACGACACUACUGUGAGUGGCCUGCAGAUGGCGCUAGAUGUUUAUAAUGGACUUCUACCUCCCUAUGCUUCUUGCCACAUAAUGGAAUUGUACCAUGAUAAUGGGGGGCACUUUGUGGAGAUGUACUAUCGGAAUGAGACCCAGAACGAGCCCUAUCCACUCACGCUGCCGGGCUGCACCCACAGCUGCCCUCUGGAGAAGUUUGCGGAGCUACUGGACCCUGUGAUCCCCCAGGACUGGGCCACAGAGUGUAUGGGCACAAGCAGUCACCAAGUACUGAGGGUCAUCCUUGCCACGACAUUUUGCCUGGUGACCGGGAUCCUGGUGAUACUUCUGCUUGUCCUCAUCCGCCAUGGGCCCUGCUGGCAGAGAGACGUGUAUCGGAACAUCUGACCAGACAGCUGACCUCCAGUGACAUCUCUCAAUGAUGCAGUACCUGCGGGAAGCUCUUCCGCCAUGUGGGGCUCUGUCCUCUCUGUGCUCUCCCUUUAGAACUUGCCUAGAGUUGGUGUGAGCUCACUGCCACCAGGGAGAAUGCAGAGCUGGCAGGUUGGAUAUGUCUCCUUACCACUGAGCUGUGGUGUGGGCUGCUCACAGAGCUGGGAUAGGACUCUUUUGCAAGAGAUGCCUGUGUUCUCUCACACAGAGAUCCUGAAAGAAAUAAGAAGCCAAGCUCCAACCCACCUUGUGACUAUGAAGAGGAAAGGGAGAGAAAGUAGGACCAAGAUGUAGGUUAGAACACACUAGGCAACUCAGAAUGUCAGACUAGAAGUAGAGGGGCCACAGAAAAAUAACUUUAGUUAUUCAAUAAGCUUAAUUCACUCUCUCUCUCUC